GUUAUGUGCUAGAACUGUCUAGGUUUUAUACACGCCUCUGUUUCUAUAUGAGUUGAGCACAUUAUUUGCUGUUGUUAUUUACUUGAAUGCGUCCAUGCGUUGGUGCAUUCUUUUCUUCUCGAUUGCCUUGCUGGCUCUGGUGAGCCUCACUCAAUCCGCCAAUGUCCCCCUGAUCAUGUGGUCUAACAGCGAUUAUUUUUCCGUCAAAGAUACAGUCGAUUUGGACGUGAACCAUGAGUCGCAGUUCAUUCCUAUUUUUUCCCGCGUAAUUCAGUCGCAAUCUCAGCUGAACGAGGCCCUUUCCGCUAUAUUCAACGACGAUCAACAAAAACCGGAGCUCGCUAUUUUGUAUCUGAAGUCUGGCCUGCGCUCCGACCACCUUGGUCGCCAUGCGUCGGUCUUUAGUGAGCUAUCCCAAAGUUUGCGCAAUACCGACCACAGGGUCUUCAUUCCUUUUGUUUCGCUUUCUCGUUCGACAGAGGACGCCAAGACCAUGUUCACAGACUUGUUGGACGAACUGUCGACAUCUGGAAAAGUUGACGGCAAAAUCCUGCUUUUGAACAGCUUCUCAUCCCCCGCAUAUCAGCCGCCUGCACACGCAAACAUUCAGAUUCUACCCCGCAUCGAAGACUUCAAGUCGAAACUGGACAUACUGUCCGACCAAAAAUUGGACGUGCUGAUCCUUUUUGACGAUUUCAACCUCCCCCGUGACGAAACUGCUCAACUCGCAUCUCUGAGCUCCUACCUCCCACUCGUGAAAGAGAUAGAAAGUUUGGUUAGACCUAACUGCAAAAACUACGUGUCCGUGCUCACCUCGUCUACCGCCUUCGAGCCCCAAUUUCCGAGGUCCCUCUUAGAGGCCGACGAGGACAAGGAGUACACUUGGGAUUACUAUUUUCCACCUUGGUUUUGGUGUUCUGGACUUUACGUGCUUUUUUUCAUCCUCGCCACGUACUUCGGCGUCAAGUACAUUCUGCUUGUGCAGACGCCCCAUGGCUUCAUGGCGCCUGGAAAGAAAAAGGUAGAGUAGAGAGAGGGCUCGUGUGCCAGCAGGCAACACAAACUUCGAGUUCCCCGAUGUCAAAAAAAAAAAAAAAGAAGAGCCUGUCAUGGCUGAUAUGAUUUUGGACUGAA